AUGUUCGCACCCGCAUAUUGUUGUAUUGUAAAAGCAAAUCCUAGUUUAAAUGUACGUAAUGUAGCAUCGGCUACUGCUCGCAUCGUCGGUAGUCUUUAUCAAGGUACAACAGUGUCAUGUUUACAAAAACAGAAUAAUUUUUGUCGUGUGGGUACCAAUAAAUGGGCAUUAGCGAAGUAUAUCAAUUGUGCUACAGGCAAAUCGAAUGGAUUUGAUAAUAAACCACCUGCCUCCGAUUAUACACGAAAGACCUGGCGUGGUGUUACACUCAAUCAACGCACAAUUGAAAUGAUAAAACGUGCUGAGGUUUACAUGGCAGAAAUGGGUAAACCAGGCUUUCAGUUUUCCUUUAGUCAAGGUUCGUACUCAUCGAGAGUACCCGGUAGUGCUAAGACACAUGAUGGUGGUGGAGCAGUCGAUAUUCGAACAUCCGUUGUCAACAAUAAUAAGCAAAUGGUCGAUACAAUGGUAGUAGCAAUGCGCAAAGCGGGUUUUGCUGCUUGGUCACGUGGUCGUGUAGCAGAUACUUUCGAGAAUAACAAACAUAUUCAUGCUAUUGCUAUUGGAGAUGUUCGAGCAUCAGCAGCUGCAAAGAAUCAAGUGGCAAGCUUUAAACGAGGUCGCAAUGGACUUAAGGGUGAUGGACCUGAUCCGGAUGCUUAUUUAGGUCGAGCAACACCAACAUGGGCUAAAAGAUUACUUGGCUGA